AUGAUUGUAUUGGACACAGUUUACCUCGAAAUCCUUGAUAAAGAAAAUAUCACCAAUAUCACUCCUUCUAUCCUUUCAGAAUGGAAUUGUUACAUUUUCCAGGAUCACUACAAUGAUAAUAAACAAAAAAAUGAUCCUACCUUUGUCAUACCUGGUAAAAAUAUCUUAUUUGAAUUACAACUACAAACUAAGACCAAAACACCAACAGCAUCGCCAUCUUUGCUAGAGUCAGAUCUAGAUUUUAUUAAUAAAUACUGGUCAAAUAUAUCCUACAAAAUAAUAAAUACAAGCAUCUCAACUGUAAAUAACACAAUAUUCUUUAAACUGGAACUAGAAUGUUUGAUGAAUUGGUCUCAUAUAAACUGUACUGAAAAGAAGCCAAUCACUGUGUCUAAAAUACUUAUAAAAGGCGGGUUUAUCUCCCUAGGUAAUAUACCUUCCUCAAUUUUAGUCAGCACAUUGAAAAAUUUUAUGAAUGGAUUGUUUUUAUCACAAUUGGAAUUCAAAUACCCCUUGUGUUUUAAUAAAAUUGUUCGUAAGCACUAUGCGUUGCAUUCAAUUUACUACAAGUACAAUCAACUCUAUAAGAUUAAUUUUAGAAAUGUGGUGGAUAUUUUGGUCAAGGAUCCACGAAACACAACAAUCUAUAAAAUGAUUAUGUAUCCAUACAAAAAACCAUAUAGCUUACCAUUUCCUACAACAAAAUCAGACUCCUCGCUAAUAUUGGAUUAG